GGAAGUGUUUGAGGAAGCGGCGCUCGGCUGGCAGGUUUAAGAUUCCCGCAUUUUAAUGUAUUCGGGGUGGUACCAGAGCCCCCAGUUUUGCCGCCCUAGGCCCCGCACCCCGCGUCCCGUGUCCCCGCCGACAGGCGUGCUUGCACCUCCCGCCUUACUUGAGGCUCCUGAAGAAAGUUCUGUCGAGUUUAAAAGCCAGGGGGUUCUGGGCGAGAAAGCGUUUCUCAUGCAGUUGGAAUGGGGAGGCCCAGGAGAACAGCCCAAGCUGGGGCGGUUCCAGGUGGCUGCUUCCAGAGUUAGCACGGCAUCAGUAUGAGCUGGUCACCUUCCCUGCCAACUCAGACAUGUGGGGCCUGGGAAAUGAAAGAACGACUUGGGACAGGGGGAUUUGGAAACGUCAUCCGAUGGCACAAUCAGGAAACAGGUGAGCAGAUUGCUAUCAAGCAAUGCCGGCAGGAGCUCAGCCCCCGGAAUCGAGAGCGGUGGUGUCUGGAGAUCCAGAUCAUGAGAAGGCUCAACCACCCCAAUGUGGUGGCCGCCCGGGAUGUCCCCGAGGGGAUGCAGAACUUGGCUCCCAACGACUUGCCCCUGCUGGCCAUGGAGUACUGCCAAGGAGGAGAUCUCCGAAAGUACCUGAACCAGUUUGAGAACUGCUGUGGCCUACGGGAAGGAGCCAUCCUCACCUUGCUGAGUGACAUUGCGUCUGCGCUUCGAUAUCUUCAUGAAAACAGAAUCAUUCAUCGGGAUCUCAAGCCGGAAAACAUCGUCCUGCAGCAAGGAGAGCAGAGGUUAAUACACAAAAUUAUUGACCUAGGAUAUGCCAAGGAACUGGAUCAGGGCAGUCUCUGUACUUCCUUUGUGGGGACCCUGCAGUACCUGGCCCCAGAACUGCUGGAGCAGCAAAAGUACACAGUGACCGUCGACUACUGGAGCUUUGGCACCUUGGCUUUCGAGUGCAUCACGGGCUUCCGGCCUUUCCUCCCCAACUGGCAGCCUGUGCAGUGGCAUUCCAAAGUCCGGCAGAAGAGUGAGAUGGACAUCGUGGUGUUUGAAGACUUGAAUGGAGCAGUGAAAUUUUCAAGCUCUUUACCCUACCCCAAUAAUCUUAACAGCGUCCUGGCACAGCGACUGGAGAAGUGGCUGCAGCUGAUGCUGAUGUGGCACCCUCGACAAAGGGGCACUGAUCCUGUGCACGGGCCCAACGGCUGCUUCAAGGCCCUGGAUGGCAUAUUAAACCUAAAGCUGGUUCAUAUCUUGAACAUGGUCACAGGCACCAUUCACACCUAUCCAGUGUCAGAGGACGAGAGUCUACAGAGCUUAAAGACCAGAAUCCAGCAGGACACAGGAAUCCCCGAGGAGGACCAGGAGCUGCUGCAAGAAGCGGGUCUGGCGUUGAUCCCCGACAAGCCUGCCACUCAGUGUAUUUCAGACGGCAAGCUGAAUGAGGGCCGCACCCUGGACAUGGACCUCGUCUUUCUCUUUGACAACAGUAAAGUCACCUACGAGACCCAGAUCUCUCCACGGCCCCAACCCGAAAGCGUCAGCUGUAUCCUUCAAGAGCCCAAGAGGAACCUGUCUUUCUUCCAGCUGCGGAAAGUAUGGGGCCAGGUUUGGCACAGCAUCCAAACCCUGAAGGAGGACUGUAACCGGCUGCAGCAGGGACAACGAGCUGCCAUGAUGAAUCUCCUGCGGAAUAACAGCUGCCUCUCCAAGAUGAAGAAUUCCAUGGCCUCCAUGUCUCAGCAGCUCAAGGCCAAGUUGGAUUUCUUUAAGACCAGCAUCCAGAUUGACCUGGAGAAGUAUAGUGAGCAAACUGAGUUUGGGAUCACAUCAGAUAAACUGCUGCUGGCCUGGAGGGAAAUGGAACAGGCCGUGGAGCUCUGUGGGCGGCUCUUCCACCAGGAGAAUGAAGUGAAACAUCUGGUGGAACGGAUGAUGGCACUGCAGACGGACAUUGUGGACUUGCAGAGAAGCCCGAUGGGUCGGAAGCAGGGCGGGACGCUGGACGACCUAGAAGAGCAAGCAAGGGAGCUUUACAGGAGACUCAGGGAAAAACCAAGAGACCAACGGACUGAGGGUGACAGUCAGGAAAUGGUGCGACUGCUGCUUCAGGCCAUCCAAGCCUUUGAGAAGAAAGUGCGAGUGAUUUAUACACAGCUCAGUAAAACUGUGGUUUGCAAGCAGAAGGCUCUGGAAUUGUUGCCCAAGGUGGAAGAGGUGGUGAGUUUAAUGAACGAGGAUGAGAAGACUGUUGUUCGGCUUCAGGAAAAGCGGCAGAAGGAGCUCUGGAAUCUCCUGAAGAUCGCGUGUAGCAAGGUCCGUGGUCCUGUCAGUGGAAGCCCAGACAGCAUGAAUGCUUCUCGCCUCAGCCACUCUGGUCAGCUCAUGUCUCAGCCUCCCACUGCCCCUGACUGCUUACCAGAGUCGGUCAGCAAAAGUGACGCACUGGUGGCUGAAGCACACACUCUCUGCACCCAGCUAGAAAGCGCAAUGCAAGACACCAUGAAAGACCAGGACCAGAGUUUACGGUCUCUAGACUGGAGCUGGUUGCAGACGGAGGAAGAAGAGCAGAAUAGCUUGGAGCAGGCCUCAUGACUGUGUGUGUGGCCUUGACCACCUGAUGGGGCUGCCUGGCCUGAGGCCCUCCCACAGCGGUCCCUGCUAUACAGAUGUCUUUGGCACCCAGCAUCUUUGGCACGCAGAUGGAGACCUUCACACUUGUCCCACAGUUGUGGUGUUGACUGUGAACCAAGGGUGUGGCCCUCUGUGGGCACUGCCGACAGCUUGUCCGUACACUGGAAGUCCUCCAUCCCAGAGGCCCAGCAAACAUGGAUGCCAGGCAUGAGCAUUCGGGAGAUUAAACCACUAGCAACUACUUCCUCUUCUCUGAAAAAAGUGCUCAAGUACAGUUACACAAAGACCACUGGACAAAUGUCUAAAGUGAAUUUUUCGGGACAUAGUACGAACAGCACUUGGUGCCAGCCUGUCUUCUCUGGAGCCCUCCUAAUCUCCAGAGGAUUUGGCUUCUCUUGAACAGAUUUUUAAGUCAUGCAUUUGGCCUGGCCCCAUCCUUCCUCUCCCAUUUUUUCAUUUUAUGGCUGCUAAAAUUGUCCUUUUACUUACACGUUGGUUAUUAUUCUCCCUUUGGCAAGGUUGUGAAUGCAAGCUCCCUGUCUGUAGUCCUUUCAGCCUCGGAGUGACUCACUAGAACCAGGAUGGAGGAGCAGCUCCCUUCUUUUAGUUCCCAAAGAUGACUUGGGAGUGAGUUGUCAUGCAGAAGAAGGAAAGGAGAAAAGGUUACCUGUCACCACUGGCCUGCUGACCACAAUGCUCACACCUCCUGUCCUUGCUCAGUCGCGUCGUGUGUGGUGGUAGGGGGACAGGGAGUCCCUGCCCCUCAUAUCAUCUAGCAGAAUUAAAUUGUUUUAUUUAAAAACUC